AUGGUGUUUGUCCUACUAGAGAAAUUCAGAGCAGUAGAAGGACAAGAGAACACUUUGGAAGGGGAUGUACUAUCACAAGAGACCUUCGAGUGCAAGUUGGCAGAAGUGGAGGAGACACCAAAACAGCAAAUAUCUGCUGACAGAACAGGUAGAACUGCCACAAACAUGGUCGCAAAACAGAUGUGUUUUUCCAAACCUACCAAGGAAUUGGCCAACCACCUCAGACCUUUGUUCAUCACUGCGAACUUUGGGGGUAUUCCUAUCCCUAAAGUGAUGGUAGAUGGAGGUGCAGCCGUUAAUCUUCUACCUUACAGGUUGCUGAUCAAGAUGGGCAGAACAGAGAAGGAUCUAAUUCCAACACGCUUAACGGUCACCAAUUUCUCUAGAGGCAUCACUAAGACUCAUGGAAUACUAGACGUGGAUGUCAAAGUAGGAACCAAGAAGCUGAAGAUUGCCUUUUUGUGGUAG